AUGUCUUCCUCAACGCAGAACCUCAUCCCACAACUUCACCUCGGGAACACGUUUGGAGCACUGUUUAUUGGGGUCAUCUUCGCAGCAAUUCUCUUUGGUCUAAGUAACAUUCAAGCUUUCGUCUACUUUCAGUCACACAAGGGCACCAAGGUAUUGUUCCCUAAGUUAGCCGUCGUCUUGCUUUGGAUAUUCGACGCUCUGCACCUGUUCUUGAUAGUCCACUGCGUCUAUUAUUAUUUGGUGGUCCACUACGCAGACAUCAGUACACUCACAGAAAUGGUGUGGAGCUUCAAACUUCAAAUAGUCAUCGAUGUUGUAAUUGUCUACGGGGUACAUCUUCUGUAUUUUCAUCGCAUAUGUAUAUUCGCCAAGGGUCGAUCAAAAGUCCUCCCUAUAGCAGUGGGCGUAAUCGUAAUUUCGGGUUCAGGUGUUGGCAUCGCCCUUAUUUGGGCCUUAUACCGGUGUCAUAUGUUCUCGGAUCUGAUUAAAAUCGAGUGGGCAAUAUUUAUGGCUUUGGGCACGAUUGCUUUCGUCGAUUUCGUGAUAGCAUCAUCGCUAUGCUAUCUCCUCGCUAUUUCCCGUACUGGAUUUUCUAAGUGA